AUGUCUUCUGAUGUAUCGGAUAGCCUGACAAAAGAGGAAACCGAGGCUGUUGAACAGGUUACAGAAGAAAACGUUAUUGAAGACGCUGCUAAUGGGAGUGAAGGAGGAGAAAAUGAAGAGGAGGAGGAAGAUGAUGAAGAGGAAGAUGAUAAAAAGGAAAAGAGUCUUAUUGUUGAGGGUAAAAGAGAAAAGAAAAAGGUGGAGCGAUUGAGCUUGGAAAUGACCGUUAUCAAUAUGCUAUACAUGCAUUCUCUUCCAGGAAAGGGUCAAAAAUUGUAUGAUAUAGAACGCAUCUCCUACUUCUUAAAGAAAAAGAAAUGUGAAGAGUUACGACUUUUGCAUCGUCUGCUUUUUAAUCGCCCGGGCACAGUUUUUCAAGUAAAAAGAAAUAUCGGUCAGUUUAAUGGAUUUGCAUUUGAUGCUGGAAGUGAACAGUACAAAAAGAAGGAAGAUUUGCUUAAAAAGUUUAAAAAGAGUGAUUUGAAAAACAUUUGCGGAAUUCUUGAUCUUGAAAAGUCUGGUGCAAACGUUGAAUUGAUUUCUAGGAUUCUGACUUUCCUUUUGAAACCUAAGUCUACAGGAAAGUCCUUGCCGAAGUCAAAGACUCAAAGGAGCAGUAAAAAAGAACGCAGCAGUUCAGCCUCAGCACGAAAGUCUAAAAGCAGUAAAUCCAAUGUUAUUUUGACUGAUGAGUCCAGCAGUGAGGAUGAGAAAAAGGAUAAAGAGUCUUCAGAGGAGGAAAAAGAGAGUGAAGAGGAAGAGGGAGAACCACCAAAGAAAGCUGCUAAAAAAGAAAAGGCCAAACCAAAAUCUACACCCAAGAGUAAGAGAGCCACAAAAUCUGCAAAUGUAAAGAAGGCAGACAGCAGUACUACAAACAAGAAGAGCAAAGGUGGUUCCAAAAAAGAAAGCGAGUCAGGAGACAGCUCGGAUGAUGAGCCCUUGAUCAAGAAGUUGCGUAAACCACCCACUGAUGAAGAGAUCCAAGAAACCGUGAAACAACUUUUAGCAGAAGCAAAUCUUGAAGAAGUCACAAUGAAGCAAAUCUGCAAAAAGGUGAAUGAGUGCUAUCCUACUUAUGACUUGUCCUCAAGGAAAGAAUUCAUUAAGGCUACAGUUAAGGAGGUAUGUGUGUAG